UCUGCUAGCAUGCCACCCUCCUCGGCUUCUGGAAAACCGACAAAAGCUUGCAUAACUUGCAAUCAUAGGAAGUUGAAAUGCGAUGCAGCCAUCGUUGGGUUGCCAUGCAGCCGAUGCGUUACCAAAGGAUAUCCAGAAACAUGCGCUCUUGCUAACAGACGCCGUCGCAAGACCGUGAUCCCAGCCAAGGACAAACGCCAAGCCUUGUAUGAUGCAGGUACUCAGACUCAGCUAGCACGACAAGCUGAGACUAAGUCUACAAAUCAACUUUCGGAAACGUACACUUCUCAAGAUGGACGUAUGCCAUUUCAAGGAUGGGAUCUCAUUGACGGUCGUAAAGGAGUUCACUACAUGAGCAUCCUAGGUCAGCUAGCCCGCAAUGAACAGGCUUACACGCCUCGAGUUUCGGGACCAACAAUUGGCACAAAGCGGCCAGAAAAGGAAAAUGGGCCUCAAAGAGUAAAUGCAAUUUUAAAUAAUAUGCGGCUCAAUAACGCGGAUAAAGAAUAUCUUCAACAAAGAGGAGCCUUUACUCUGCCCUCGCAGCCUUGCUGCGAAUCAAUGCUGCGGCAGCAUUUUAUCUCUGUUUAUCCACUCAUUCCAGUUUUUAAUUACGUUGAUUUCAUGAAUUCAUACUUUUCAGGCUCAUAUUCUUGGUUCAUGAUGCAGGCAAUAUUAGCCAGUGCAGUACCGUAUACCCCUCUGGAAGUAUUAACAGACUGUGGCUUCAAAGAUCGUUCGACGGCAUUGGAGUUUUUCUUCUCUAAUGCGGUAAAGCUAUAUGAUUUUGGAUAUGAAGAAAGCCAGUUGGUCAAACUACAGGGAUCCCUCGUUUUGAGUACUAUCCUUGUGUCAUAUACUAUUGACAAAGAUUUCCGAUUCUGGCACCACAACGCCGUGCGUCUUGCGAUGAGGCUUGGUCUACAUAAAGAAUCCGAAAAGUUAAUGUUUCCUAAGUGCCGUGAAAUAAUUUUCUCGAUCAUACACUUAGAAACGCCUCGAUUGAUCCAAUGCAACAUUCGACAAGCACCCGAGGUGGAGUGGUGGCAUAACCAUAUUCCGUCAUCUCAUGGCUCGAUUAUACCGUCAUGGACUGAGGGCCAAAAGCGCUUCAGCGGCGAGCACAUGAAACUAGCUAUCAUAGCUACUCGCUGGCAAGAAGUUCUACGCACAUUGGAUAAUGGACAACCGCCAAUAAGCCAAAACAUCGAUGAAGAAAUAUCUUCCUCCUUCGCAGAAUGGAGAGAAUCUCUUCCUAGAGACAAAUCAAUUAGCCGCAGCGUUUCAUUGGAUAGAGUUGACGACAUCUGGGUAGCAGCUCUUGAGGCAAGUUGCUACAGGUUUGAGUGUAUCUUUUAUCGUUCGUUACUCAUUCGAUCUCUGACUGGUGGCGAAACAAGCGGGCGAGUAGACGUCCUGAAACAGCGACUUCGUAUGGCAGUUUUCGAACUAGAUACGAUUGUCAGCCGCCUUAUUAUGAAUAACCUGUUAAGAUUUGCUAAUUUAAACAUAUCCUUGGCUGUUACGAGUAUUCGCCGCACCGAGUUAGCUUUGAAGCAGAUUUGUGAAGUUGUCCCAGCUAUGGAUUGCAACCUCCGCCUCCUGCACCGAUUUCUUGACCAAAGAAUGCUCGACGCAGCUUCUACUUCCGAUAUACUACUGGCGGAGAAUCAGUCAAGUGGAGAAACGCAGGAACAUGAAUCUCAGGAGCUGAAUCAAAACAUGCAAGAUUUUGGGCAGAGUGGUACAAAUGAACUAGAGCUACGGGCCGAUGCAAUGAACAGUAAUUUACGGCUACAGGAUGAUGAUGCAUCGGAAGUUUUAGGUGAUAUGAACAACUGGCUCGAUGGUCUAGUAUGGCUUGAUUAUUUAAAGGAUUCCAGCAUUAUACCUAACUAG